AUGAGAACUGGGUUGUUUGGACUGAGGAGCAGUGCUGUGGUGGCUGCUGUGAGUGUGGUGGGUGGGAUAGGUGCGUUAGGAGGGGUAGAGGCAGGUGAAGCCCGGGCAGUGAAUCCGAGUUUCUCGAACGAGUUCUCGAGAGAAAGUUUAGAUAGUUUGAAAAGUGAGGUGCGAGAUCUGUUUUAUCAUGGAUGGACGAAUUAUAUGGACAUUGCGUUCCCAGAAGACGAGCUGAUGCCGCUGUCAUGUUCGGGUCAGAGCGCUGAUCUGGACGACCCUAUGAACAUGGGGUUGAACGAUGUGUUAGGUGGAUAUUCAGUGACCUUGGUUGACAGUCUGGAUAUGUUUGCAAUCAUGGGAGACGAUGAUCUGUUUGUACAGUACGUGGCAGAUGUGGAAAAAUACGUCAGUUUUAAUGUGUCGUCGACAGUUCAGGUGUUCGAGACGACUAUUAGAGGUAUGGGUGGACUGCUGUCUGCUCAUUUAUAUGCCACGAUCCCGAGAUUAGGACAUCGCAUUAAUGAAUCCGAGUACAAUGGCCAUCUUCUGGGACUGGCGUAUGAUCUGGGUGAACGAUUAUUACCUGCUUUUGAUACUGUAUCGGGUAUUCCUCACCCAAGAGUCCAUUUGCAAGAAGGGGUCGUACCUCUACCCGGACAGAGCAAACUCAUUACAGAAACCUGUACUUCAGGUGCUGGAAGCAUGCUUCUUGAAUUCUCGCUGUUAUCGCGACUAACAGGCGACCCUCGGUUUGAAAAAGCUGCUAGAAGAGCGUUUUUCCAGCUGUGGGCUCGAAGGGCGUCCACUAAUCUCGUCGGGAUCACUAUUGAUGCAGUUUCCGGCAAUUGGCAGAGCGUUAUUACGGGAGUGGGUGCUGGAGUCGACUCGUUUUAUGAGUACGCUCUAAAAUAUUAUGUUUUAUUUGGAGACAAGUCGUUUUUCGAAGUAUUUGAAACAGCGUAUGAAGCACUGAAGAAAUACAGCUUUGACGGGUGGAUGUUCCACAAUGUCAAUUUUUCCACAGGAAUCUACAUCACCUCGUGGAUCGAUGCAUUAGGAGCGUUUUUCCCUGGUCUUCAAGUACUGGCAGGAGAUCUGACCAGCGCCAUUAAAAAUCAUCUUGUAUAUUAUAAGCUUUGGAAUACGUAUGGAGGGAUUCCUGAGCGAUGGAGUACUGGAAUACACGACGCUAUAGACUCUGUUGUGUUGGAAUGGUAUCCACUACGACCAGAAUUUAUCGAGUCCAAUUAUUACCUGUACCAGGCAACCAAAGAUCCAUUCUAUUUGCAAGUAGGAGCAUCGACAUUGCGAGAUUUACAACGAAUCAAUAAAGUAGCAUGUGGAGUCGCUGGAACGCAGGAUGUACGAACAGGAGAACUGUCUGACCGCAUGGAGAGUUUCUUCCUAUCCGAGACUGUCAAGUAUUUAUAUGUGCUGUUUGACGAAGAGAACAUCCUGAACAAGGAGUUUUCCAACUAUGUUUAUUCGACAGAAGCACAUCCUCUAUGGUACGAUGAGUCAGUCCUAGAGUAUUCGUCAGUCGAACGAUUCCCAGAACUAGCAUCCAAAAUCGCUGAUAACCUCGAAGUCCUUGAAAUCCCCAGAUACGAGCUGGAUCUGUUCACCACUCACGACGAGUCGUAUAACGACGACGAAGACUGCAGUAUACGCCCGAGUGUGAUGUUUCAACGGAUUCGCGAUAUCUGGCAAAACAGGAAACGAGAACAGCUAGCCAGCUACAAAAUCCGGCCAGUCAAGCCAGAACCACAAUGUACAGUCUGGGACACGACUAACUCUGGACCAUUUUUACAAUCAUCAAUUGCCUCGUGGAACGGGUUCUAUACACUGGACAACUUCUACGACUACACCAAACCCGACUGGAUCACUACCAACCAUCCCGACCGGCCAGAUGCGAUUGAACUCGUGCCCGAAUUCCACACUAAUUUCGUCGAUUCUCAAAGCACGUGUCGAGCGGCCGUAUCCAGUCAAGUCGAGAUCUUGUUUGCUGUGCCGUCUGGAGAAGCAUCAAAAACCCCAUAUUCUGUCGGAUACAACCACGGCCACCCUUCACUCAAAGGCCAGCAUCUGGUGGUGGCACUCGAUUUAUACGGCAAACGAGUGCGUCUGGAACGAAAGGAGAACUUCGUCGGACCAAACUCGACCUUCGUCAUCACCGCGGUCGACGACAUCGACGUCAAAGAUGUCCUCCUCGUGCACAACCUUGACCUCAGUGGCAACGACGCCCGCCUCAUCCAAAUGGUCAACAACACCGUCCUCUUCCAGGGCUUCCGCAUCGAAAACAUCCUCAUAGACUUCUAA